AUGAACGCUCACAAAGUUGGAAAACCGUGGACUGUGGAUGGAAGUCGAGCAAGACAGAGGUCGAGCGAAACGGAGUCAAACCAAAGUUAUGAUCACCUUAUUGGUAAAGGACAUUUCUUACGUCUCAUGCUACUCAUGCUACUCUCGGAAUGA